GGGCUAACCAUAGAGACACUUGUUCGACAGACUGAGGAAGAUUUCACCAUUUCUCUUAUUCAGUUAGUUGGAGUUGUUUAACAUCUGUGUUAUGAUCUGCUGGGGAAUUCAGAGGUGUCCACACUCCAAGGCUUCUCACAGAACCUACAUCUCCUGACAUGAGCCACGCUUGUACCCAAGUUCAGCUGGUUUCAGGGCACCUUCCUACAUUGCAAGAAACCAAACAUACACAGAAAAAAAUCUUCAGUCAUCUCUCUGUGUUCAGUUCCUGGAAGGAUGUUGCUGAAGUAUUUUAAUAAAAGAAAAUAAGGACCUAAUUUUUUUUUUUAAAGCUCUUUUUUUUUUGUCUAACAUUUGCCCUACUGGAAGAAAAAUCCAAACCUCCUUGGAUAUUCCCAAUUAGAAGCUAAGUAGAAACUUAUGUUCAUAUUCCUGGUCUGUUUGUAUUAAAUAGAAAUUAAAUAUAACAUGAAAAUAAAUACAAUUGCAAGUAUUUUAGGAAGUUCUGUCCAGUGACUUCAGCAGGUCUUGGCUGCUGGCUCACUGACCAGAAGAGUGUCAAAGAGACUCUGUGGGUGUAACACCUUGUGUACAAGAAGGACACACUAAUCAUAAGCAGUCAUUGCUUUCCAGCUCUUAUGAUUUCCACCCAGAGGGAACAAAGACAAUAGAUUUGUUCCAGAUUCUAUAAUUAGACACAUACAAACAAUACUUUUAUUCCCAAACCCUGGUUUGAUUAGCAGCCUUUCACACAGGACUCAGCACAAAUUGCAAUGUCAGAACAGGCCAUUGGUGCCUCCAAUCUGUCACACUGUUUUUGUUAGCAACCACUGUUUUGUGCUGCAGAGAAAAAUGAAGAACCUUCAUAAUAAACCAAAUGAAUCACACGAUGUUAUAAAUGGGAAAACUAGAUUAUUUGAUGUGCCGAAUCCAGGAAGUAACCCUCUGGACAAAGAAAUCUGUUGUUACUUUGUCUAUGUGUUCUGUGUGUACUAUGUGACCAGAGGAAUCCUACAAGAGAAUCGCCAGGAGCUCAUUGUUUUUGUCCUCUCCAUCUUGCUAGUGAUGCUUCGUUCCAUUGUCAACUUCACUGUUCUCUCUGCUGAGCAAAAGCCAAAACUCCUGGCUCGCUUCGUUCUGAUCCUCUUGGUUGGCUCCUUUGAUGUGAUCUGUGCCAUCAUCCUCAUCCAGAGUCAAAGCAUGAUGGCCUUUCGAGUGGGCGGUGCCCUAGAAAGCCUCCAGUCCCAAUACUUCAUGCUGAACCUCUGUUUUUCCAUGUUGACCUUUGAUCUUCAGGCACAGCUCUGUUUGUGUAUUCUGCUGAUAAGCCUGCAUGAGAUCACCCUUCUACAUAACAUCAUCUCAGCAACAGGGGCUCUUUGGGCCUGCCUGAAGGUGACCAUUAGCAUCAUUGCAAUUUUAAAAGAGCUGAAACCUCUAGUGUGGAUUUUUAUGAGUCAGAAUGUACCUGAAGUAGUUUAUCUCAUCUACCUGCUCUGCACGGUGAUAAGGGAGUGGGGCAAAGGGAAUUCUUACACUCUGGAAGCUGCUUUCAUUACUGGCUCUUGCAUUUCUGUUGCAAUAAAAUCUGUUCUGUUUUGGGCACUGUUCCAUGUCUACCGCAGCUUUGGGCAGGGGCUGAGAGAAAGAAUGUUUUCUUCCUAUGGAAGGAUUGACUCCUGAGCACCCCCCUCGUGUUCUGGCUGCAGCUCUUAGAGUGAAGUCAGAGCUGGGGAAGCUCUGAUCAAGGACUCUCCUCCAGGAUGUAAGAUAAUGGGUCAGUUUCACAGAGGAGGGGAAGCUGCUCAGAAAAACGUCUACACAUUCCUUGGUUUGUGUUGUGCUAGGGAACUAUAGCAGUGCAGCUGGUAACUUAGUUUAAAAAGCAAAGUGCACUCGGGAAAUUAACAGUAAUCCUCUCAAUUCACUGAGUUUGGCUGACAGGACAAUUCAUCUCUCACUCCUUGUUUUCCUGAUGCUGCUUUGUAACCACAGGAGGUUCACAACAUGCAUGUGAGUAGAGAAUGUUGUUAAUAAGUGCUUUUUUUUUUUUCUGGAUAUAUACAAACAUAAUGAAAGUAAUUUGUACACUCAUCUUUUAUUACUGAGUCUGGAAGCAGACUGCCCUACCAUCAUGUCUCAACUCAGAUCUGCUGCUGAACAGAGGGCCAGCCUGAAGAUGUUUUGAGGGCAGCUGUAGGCCCUGAUCUCCACCAUGGCUGUGAUGGCUUAACCCCAACAGAAUGGCUCCCUGAACUUCAGAAUACUGCCAUUUUAUUCUUUUUUUCUAAAUCCCAGCUACACAUGAACACCAGACAAUGUAAUCUCCUGCCUUCCUGCAGUGUGUCUAACCAAUGUGCCAUUUCACACACAAUGGUGACUUAAAAUAAGCCUUUCAUAUUGUAAUUUAAAAGUUUGGUAUUUUAUUGAUUGGAACCUUUAGCUUUUUUAAUAAAGUAUAAGCACAGUUUGCUCAUGGAUAA